GCUCUAUAAAUACUCCAACGCUCUCCCUCUUUCUUUUGCUGCUUCUUGUUGUUCUGUAUUCAGUGCACUCUCAGUGUGUGUGUGUGUGAGAGAGAGAGAUAGGAGUGAGAGGAGGCUGUCGCUGUUGGUUGCUGUGUGGUUUUCUUGUUUACUGUAACAUCUGGGUUCACAAAUCGGGAUUUUGGGAUUCUUUCAAGGGUUAACUUUUGCUGAUCGAGAUAAGCAAUGGAGGUAUUUGGCAAAUCUAUGGUAGCUGUUCCUACAAAUGUUAUUUAUUUGUCAAGUAUUCUUGGCCAAGAGGGGCCUAACCCUGGUCACAAAUGUGAUUGGAAAUGUGAAAAUGAACAUGUGUGUGGGAACAUGUAUCGAUGCCGGUUAACUGGCCUGACGCACAUUUGUGACAAAAACUGCAACCAGAGAAUUUUGUAUGAUAAUCAUAGCUCCCUCUGCAGAGUGAGCAAGCAGAUAUUUCCUUUAACGCCAGUUGAGCAACAGGCAGUGAAAGGUGUCCGGAGGAAGCUUGAAGCUGAGAGUUGCUCCACAGAGAGCUGUGCUUUUAAGCGCAGAAGGGAUUCUCAGUGUCAUCCCUCGCCAUUUGAGAGAUCAUUUACCACUGUUGGUCCCAUCUGCAGUCAGAUUGGCGAUGUCAUGGAUAUGAGCUAGAUACAAUACUGCUAUUUCUCAUUCGUCAUUCCCCCUUUUCCCUUUUUCACUUUAUUUGUAGUUUUCGUAGCAUUAGUUAUGGACUAAAGAACUUGUUGAGUACUUCGGUGGCGGACCUGAUCGUCUGGCCUUUAUGUAGGAGAACGUUCUGUUAACCUUCCUUUAUCUGAGUUGUAGCUCCUCUAAUGUCACAAGACUCAUUAACUCCUAGGAAGUUACUGAUGCUAUACCCUGUGAAGUUAUUAUGAAGCUUGAGUUGCAUUUAAUUCCAUAACCCAGCUUGAAGUAUGAUACGAAAGGGUUCUAUUAGAAUACUUAGUUUCUUUAUUUGAUGGUACUCCAUAGACUCUGAUGCCUCCUUAACUAUAUUGCUCAUUUGUUUCUUCUUCUUCUUCUUUUUGGCUAUUCUUGGGUUUUAUUUGUUCUGAUAAGAUGAGAACUAAGUUAUCAUGACGAUUUAUCCUUGUGGAAGUGUAUGAUAUUUCAUUCAGCAGUUUGAUUUCAUUUGUAUAUAUAUAGUAGUCAUGCAUUGAUUAAUUAUUUUGGGUGGCUUCCCUGACUUGAUAGAAGGCUUUUUUGUUCAUCAGGUCUGGAGGAUCGAUAUUACUUCAUUUUUUGGUAGAAACCUGACCUAAUUUAUAUUUGUCUGAUCAUGUUUCAGGUCGAGGAGGAACCACAUAAUUUUAUGUUGUAUUAAUUUGCUUCAUUUGUUAAUUUAUGUUUCUAUUCUGAUUGCUCUGCGCUUAUGUUCCUGAAGUUAUUUCGUUUUUGCAGGUGAUAAGCAUAUUCGGCACAGGGGACUUUCUAAUAGAGUGUGUUGUGUUGUUGAAUUGUUUAGUAGUGGUAGUCUGUCCUGGAUCCUGGGAAGCUUCUAAGUAUUUUCUAUUUACUCCUCGUGCAGGAAAAAGAUUUUGCAUGGUUCCAUGAACUGCAGCUCAGGAACGUGCCUAAUAAGGCCAACGAUUUGAUUAUAAUGGACUUUAACUGACAGGGAUGUUCAGUCAUUUCCAGCCUCACUUCAGUCAUUCGAUACUUUCUGGAAAGUGUUUCAGAAUUCGUACCAUCCCAAAAUACAUCCCCUACAUCAACCAGAAGAUACCCAUUGGCUUGUGUAUCAUUGUGAUGAUCGAUCCUGUAUUUGAGCUUUGCUCUUAACUUAACCGUGGAGGACUCUCAUACAUCUCUUCACUUGGAUCUUGUCACGGCUCUGUGAAAACCAAGACAAGCAACCUUGAAUCCGGCUGCUGGGUGCUAUUCUGUUACUGGUUUUCAUGUUUCUGUGAAAUCUUUUGCAAUUCGUCUGCUAAUGGCCCACCAUUUGAAGGAUGAUGGUGUUUGCUGGCUCUU